GCCCUCAACAAAGCAAGAAAAGGAGAGAAGAGAGGAAUGAGGUGGUGGGAACCUUGAUUCAUAAGUGCUCAGAGUUUCAGAGUAGAGAUCACGGAAAUUAGUGUCUCUCGCAGUAGGACGUUUGAGCAAAGCCUUGUGGAAUACUCAGGGAGUUGUGAUACACCAUGGAGGCUAAGAAUCAGGGAAUUCCUGAUAACGGAGGCAUGCGGGUGCACCAGAAUGUGGUCCAGGAGAGUCAGAAUGGUGAAGAGACAGAAGCGCCACUCCUUAAAUCUCCAAGGAGACGUAGUGACAUAAAAGUCUACAAGGAGUUUUGUGACUUCUAUGCUCGCUUCAAUAUGGCAAAUGCUCUUGCUAAUGCUAUUUGUGAACUUUGCAAGACUGGCUUUGCCCCUGCCGAGAAAAUUGUAAACAGCAAUGGAGAGUUGUACCAUGAACAGUGCUUUGUAUGUGCACAAUGCUUCCAACCGUUUCCAGAAGGGCUAUUUUAUGAGUUUGAGGACAGAAAAUACUGUGAGCAUGAUUUCCAGAUGCUGUUUGCGCCUUGCUGUAAUAAGUGUGGGGAGUUCAUUACUGGCCGUGUCAUUAAGGCCAUGAACAGUAGCUGGCAUCCAGACUGUUUCUGCUGUGAUAUCUGCCUGGCUGUGCUCGCUAAUGUUGGCUUUGCAAAGCAUGCCGGCAGACCUCUGUGUCGCCCAUGCCACAACCGUGAGAAAGCCAGUGAACUUGGCAGAUAUAUUUGCCAGAAGUGUUACACCAUCAUUGAUGAACGACCUCUUAUCUUCAAGAAUGACCCCUACCACCCUGACCACUUUGGCUGCACCAAAUGUGGUAAAGAGCUGACUGCUGAUGCAAGAGAGCUAAAACAUGAGCUUUACUGCUUGCCGUGCCAUGAUAAGAUGGGUGUGCCAAUCUGUGGAGCCUGCAGGAGACCCAUAGAAGGCAGGGUGGUCAAUGCUCUGGACAAGCAAUGGCAUGUUGAGCAUUUUGUGUGUUCUAAGUGUGAAAAACCAUUUCUGGGCCACCGGCAUUAUGAGCGCAGAGGUUUGGCUUACUGUGAGACACACUACAAUCAGCUCUUCGGGGAUGUCUGUCACCACUGCAACCGAGUCAUUGAGGGAGAAGUCAUUUCAGCACUGAAUAAAGCCUGGUGCAUCACCUGUUUUUGCUGCUCCACCUGCAGUAGCAAGCUGACCCUAAAGGAUAAAUUUGUGGAGAUUGAUCUGAAGCCUGUUUGUAAACAGUGCUAUGAAAAAAUGCCAGAAGAUCUGAAACGUCGUUUAACGAAGCAGGAACAUGACUCCAAGGACCGAAAAAAGAGGACUGGUAUCUGUUUGUGAUUGUCCUGCACUAACUAACUGGAUUAGCACAAUUCUUCAGAUAUUUUCUGCUGAUAUAUUCUUCCUCAUCUGCAAGAUGGAUUAUAGCAACACUUAUUUGUCACUCUUGCUAAACUAUGAAUAAGAAUGAAUAUAAGAGUAAGAUUAAUAUUGAUAAUUAAUUAUAUAAAAAUCAAAUGUAUGUAAUUUUAAACAAAUAAAAUGAGUGUUUAGCUGUUUGUGGUUGCAUGCCAAGCGGACGUGAUUAGGAUUAUGUUAUGGUUGGGUUAUGGCUGGGUUGGGAUUGGGUUAGGAUAAGAGUUAGGGUUGGGUUAUGGUUGGGUUAGAUAUGGGUUA